AUGGAAAAACUACCCAUUCACUCUGGGGAUGCACAAGACGGUCCGGACCCAAACGGGGCACCUUCAAAGUCCCGACGCGACAGAUCCAUCCCGCCCCACCGCAUCGUGAUUGCCGUGGGCUUCCUGAUCUGCUACUACUUGCUCAUUAAGCUGUCACCGAGAAUAUCCCUAUGGCCCGCAUGUGGAACACACGAUGCUCCGGGAUCUGCAGAUUCGGAUACCUCCAGAAAUAGCUUUACCCCUGAUUCACCAGACCAAACAUGGCAAGAAUACAACAAACAACUACAAGCGGACCAGGAAUCACUCCGCGACACGCACCGGGCAGACACCAAGGUCCCGCUUGAGGCUCACAUCAUGAGCAAGUGCCCCGAUGCACAGACCUGUCUCCAAAAGCUGGUGCUGCCCGCCAUGGAGCAAAUCAGCGAUAAGGUCAACUUCCAGCUUUCUUUUAUCGCAAGCGUAACGAACGACUCCUCCGAGAUCAAGUGCAUGCACGGCCCAGGCGAAUGUAUUGGAGAUAUGCUCCUGCUAUGCGCGGCGAACCUACCUUUCCAUCCCACCGCGGACGAAUCCCUACUACCCAAAACAUACCCUCGUACCCCCAUAAUCCGGUCGCUAGGCUUUGCAAACUGCUUGAUUAAUGACUACGAGCGCAUUCCGGAGCGCGAGCUUGUGCACCAGUGUGCCUUGGAACAUGGGAUUGAUUUCGAUUCUCUAAACAAGUGUGCCAGCCAGGAGAAUGAUGAGCCCGAUAGUGGUGAAAACGGAGGCCCCCUUCCCAGCGGACUUGCUCUCCUGCGGAAUAGUGCGCUUCGGUCAUCUAGUCUCGGUGCAGAGAUUAGCUGUACGGUGCGUCUGGAUGAGAAGGUCUGGUGUAUUCACGACAGCGGCGAAUGGAGAGAUUGUGCCGACGGCGGCAGUAACCCACAAGUCCUUGCCGAUGAGGUCAACCGACUCUGGGAGGAGAGAAACUGA